UGUCACGGUUUUCUCCAAGUCAUUUAUUUGCCGUCUUGCGCAAAAGUUUAAAUUGAGAUCUACCCAUCCUCGGAGGAAACACCUGAUAUUUAUGUGUAGCGGCCUACAGCCGAGCGUGUUCCAGCGCGAGGUGCCGCUCAUCCCCCCGUUCGGCGGCGGGGAGGUCUGCGCCGCAGUGGUACAUUCGCAAUAAAAUGGGUGUGGUUGAAUCGCGCAUAAGUGAUGCUACGUGUUUCUGGUGCAGACCGAAUGAUUUCAUACGGGACUGAAUUGACGGCAGAGCGAGCGCACAUUAUUUGAAUUAUUUAGAAAACAACUGUACUGUUGUUUAUGUUGAAUUCACCCCGCCUCCCGUUCUGGCACAGCCACAUUUGAACUGAUGGACGGGCAUGCUCCUCCGAAGAGAUAACCAAGUCGAUUUUGGUUACUUUAUUUUAAUUUUUUUAAAGGGCCACUGGGCGCCUCGCGCUGUGCCGAACUGGUCAUUUCUUGAACGAGGAGCGACGGUCAAAACGGAGAGAUCAGAGCGAGAAGACGGAGGAAGAAGACACUCGGGAGGGAAGAGGCGAGGACCAAGCGACGCAAUUUAAAGACAACGACGGCAUGUACUUCAUUUGAAAGCUUUAAUGUAUUUGGACUUACUACAGUUGUAGGUGAAACACAGUCGCCGAGGCCUAACUAGCACUAGGGGGGAAAAAACGACAGUAUGCGGUCCUAAUCAUUUUGCAGAAGAAGAAAAAAAAUUCCCAGCGAAUUACUUCCGCCACCCACUUCAGCAUUCCUCUCACUUUACGUGGAGACUAAAGCCAAACAGGAAGAUUAACAGGUGUCUGAGGGGGUGAGAGAGGUCAGAGGGUAAAGGUUAAAGGUGAUUUCAAGAUGAGUGAGCUCGAGCAGCUUCGUCAGGAGGCUGAGCAACUGCGCAAUCAGAUCAGAGAUGCCAGGAAAGCAUGUGGAGACUCCACACUCACGCAGAUAACAGCGGGCCUGGACCCGGUGGGGAGGAUACAGAUGAGGACGAGGCGCACACUUCGUGGGCAUUUGGCUAAAAUCUACGCCAUGCACUGGGGCUCAGACUCCAGGCUUCUUGUUAGUGCCUCACAGGAUGGAAAACUCAUCAUCUGGGACAGCUACACUACAAACAAGAUUCAUGCCAUCCCGUUACGGUCAUCGUGGGUGAUGACCUGUGCGUACGCACCAUCCGGAAACUUUGUGGCCUGUGGUGGACUGGACAACAUUUGCUCCAUAUACAGCUUAAAGACUAGAGAGGGCAAUGUUCGAGUGAGCCGGGAGCUGCCUGGACACACAGGUUACCUUUCCUGUUGCCGUUUCAUAGAUGACAAUCAAAUUAUCACCAGUUCAGGAGACACAACCUGCGCUCUGUGGGACGUGGAGACCGGUCAGCAGACCACGCUGUUCUCAGGUCACAGCGGAGAUGUGAUGAGUCUGUCAUUGGCUCCAGACUCACGGACCUUCAUCUCUGGGGCCUGCGACGCCUCAAUUAAGCUCUGGGACAUCAGAGACAGCAUGUGCAGACAGACGUUCACCGGGCACGAGUCAGACAUCAACGCUGUCUGUUUCUUCCCCAGCGGCAGUGCAUUUGCAACUGGUUCUGAUGACGCCACCUGCAGGCUGUUUGACCUGCGUGCGGAUCAGGAGCUGUGUUUAUACUCUCAUGAUAAUAUCAUCUGUGGCAUCACCUCUGUGGCCUUCUCCCGCUCUGGCCGUCUGCUGCUCGCCGGUUACGAUGACUUUAACUGCAACAUCUGGGACGCCAUGAAGGGAGACCGAGCAGGAGUGCUGGCUGGCCAUGACAAUCGCGUGAGCUGUCUUGGGGUCACAGAUGAUGGCAUGGCCGUGUGUACAGGUUCCUGGGACAGCUUCCUGAAGAUCUGGAACUGAGCACACAGAGCUCACAUGCUGUACACGUUAUUCACUCAUCAUACACAAUGUACUUUACUGUACAUAUGAUGUACACUUGCCUACACUGACACACAUGCCUGAAAAAAAAACUGUACAUUUUAUAUAUAUAUAUAUAUAUAUAUAUAUAUAUAUAUAUAUAUAUAUAUAUAUAUAUAUAUACAAAACACAUUAGUUACACGUUUACACCAAAUCUUUUCAGUGCCACAUCAUUCUAUACACAGUCACACUAUAGGUAGGCUUGGACCACAAGUUUGAAAUAGGAAUGUUUACACACGUUCACACACACACACACACUUUUUCCCCCUUACUUAAGGUUUGCUGGAACUAUAUGGUACCUUCACUAAGAGACACAAGUACAUUUGGAGGAAUGCGCAUUGAGUGAGUUGUCUAAUUAGAGCAUACAAUCCAAAACGUUUAUUUGACACGCUUUGACAUGCUUCAUUUUGAGACUGAGCUCCGAGUGGUGGGUGUUGAUCCAUCGAAGAGCAUUCUUUUCUUAUUUUGACUUCCAUUGUCUUCUAUACUGAAAAAUAUGUCUGAAGUACCGUUGUUUCCACGAGCAUGUAGAGUCGGAAAGAUGAAGGAGAUGUACUCAACUCAUCUGUAGUUGAUGCAGAUCACAUUUUGUGUAGUCCAUGUUUUUAUAGAUGCGUAUGCCGGCAUAUUUCAAGUAUAUAAGUAAUUAAAUUACAUUUUUUGUCCAUUUUUUUUGUUUAGAAUUUACAUUUUUUAAAGGCUUUUAUUCAUGUUUUCCUGUGUGCCGCACUCUAAGGAGAAUAAAGAAAAAUGAAAAUAAAUAAAUACAAAUCUGUGCCACUAAAUAUGUGAUCACAGCUCUCUCAGAACUGUUUAAAUACUGUUGUUAAUUGACAUUACUCAAUUCAUAAAAGUGGUUUUCAACUAGUUUUAUCUGAAGGACCCAGAUUUCACGCUGGACAAGCAACAAGAUUAAUCUGAAAGUGUUAGAAUUCUAAAAGCAGAAAUGAUAAAAGAAGUGUAAUACCAAACACCUGCAUAUGAUACAUUUGGGGCAAAAUGUGAAAAGUUUGGAAAAACAUCAAAAGGUAUUUUUCAAAGUUGGUUUUCUAUUACAACCCAAUCGGAAACUUGUUGAGAACCACUUGUUUAUUUGCGUAAAUUGAUUUGUUUCCGGUCUAAGUCACAGGAAACAGUGUACGUUUAUAGUGUGUUUAUGGUACAACCAAAAUGAUAAUUAUCUAACAUGCCAUGAACGUAAAUGAGCUAAUAAGAUGUUCCAAACAAACGAAUGUAAACGUUGAAGGAAUAAAGAGUUACACCAUUUUAACAGAGA